AGCAAAAUUGUCAGGCCAUAGACAGACGCAGCUUUAUCUGUGAUCUCUUCUUCACCUGACCCCCUCCCCUCCCUCUCUCUCUCCAUUCCAUGGGCUCUCUCUCUCUCUCUCUACCAACUCUUUCUUCAAGGACUCAGAAUCAACACAGUAGCUCUUGCUCUUCUAAAUAAUACUUGAAUUUCUGCUCUCUUUCUCUCUGCCAUAUCAUAUCUGUUCGAGGUCUGCCUGCCUGCCUGCCUUCACACUUGUAUUCGUCUUUCUUUUUCUCUGUGUAUGCAAAAAUCUGCAACUUCACGGAAGAGUUGCAGAAAGUUUUGUGUCUCAGAUCCCAAUAUAGGGAGGGCUUCCUCCUCUCUCUUCCAUCAAUACCAAGAAAACUGCCCACUUUCUCUUUCUCUUUCUCUUUUUCUUUUUCCUUUUUCUUUUAUUCUCUCUCUAACAUUAGUACUCUCUCUCUCUCUACACCUGCAUACCAAAGUGACUUCGCCAGAGUUUAAUCACUUCCCAAGUAUAAAACAAACAGCCUCUCUUCUCUCUCUCUCUCUUUGGUCCUCAAAAAGCUCAUCAGAAGCCUCUACUCUUCCGUUUGUCCUUUUGUUUUUCUACAUAUAUACAUGCCCUUUUGUUUACUUGCAUGGUCUCUUGUGCUGCAUACCCUUACUGAUUCCCUUUGAUUAUUGAAAAAUGCAAGAACAACAAGGGCUUGCCAUGAUGGGUACCGGUGGCGGCGGGAUUGGGAUUGCUGGCUUAGCCGCAGAUAUUUCCAUGUCGGUUUCGGCCGGCGAGCAGCACCAGCAGCAGCUGAUCAAGGCGGAAAUCGCCACCCACCCUCUGUAUGAGCAGCUUCUUGCCGCCCACGUAGCCUGCCUCCGCGUGGCUACGCCGAUCGAUCAGCUGCCGCUCAUCGACGCUCAGCUCUCGCAGUCCCACAACCUUCUCAGGUCUUACGCCUCCCAACAACACCCUCUCUCACCCCACGAGAGGCAAGAGCUUGACAACUUCCUGACACAGUAUUUGCUCGUUUUGUGCUCUUUCAAAGAGCAGCUCCAGCAGCAUGUCAGAGUCCAUGCUGUUGAAGCUGUCAUGGCCUGCCGUGAAAUUGAGCAGAACCUACAAGCUCUCACUGGAGUUACUCUGGGUGAAGGAACGGGUGCUACAAUGUCAGAUGAUGAGGAUGAGCUGCAGAUGGAUUUCUCCCUAGAUCAAACAGGUCUUGACGGCGGCCAUGACAUGAUGGGCUUCGGUCCGCUUCUUCCAACAGAAUCCGAGAGGUCUUUAAUGGAGAGAGUUCGACAAGAAUUAAAGAUUGAGCUCAAGCAGGGAUUCAGGUCAAGGAUUGAAGAUGUGAGGGAGGAAAUACUAAGAAAAAGGAGAGCUGGGAAAUUGCCGGGCGACACCACUUCAGUGCUCAAAAAUUGGUGGCAGCAGCAUGCUAAGUGGCCUUAUCCAACUGAAGAUGACAAGGCAAAGCUGGUGGAAGAGACAGGCCUGCAGCUGAAGCAAAUCAACAACUGGUUUAUUAACCAAAGGAAGCGAAACUGGCACAACAACUCCCAGUCGGUCACCGCUCUCAAGUCCAAGCGCAAAAGGUAGGGAGCAAAGCAGAGCAGAGGAGAGCACCCACAGCAGCUAAUGUGAAGAUGAAUGGCAAUUGGCAUAUAUACUUGUGAGGUUUGUAGAAUGGAAACUAACAAAAGUUCUCUGUGUAAUGCCUCUUUUAUGUAUUUUCUUGUGAAGCACUGUGAUUGAUCUUUUAACCUAAACAUCCAUUACACGUACCUGCACUGUAAAUUUUGAACUUCAAUUCCCAUAAUGUAAAUGCAGUCCAUCGUUUGCAUCUU